AUGUCAUUCUUCGGUUUGGGACGUCCACAGCCUUCAUCGGCGGAGAAAAUCGCUGCUGCAGAACAGGAAAUGGACAUGGUAACAGAUAUGUUCAACAAACUUCAAAAGGCCUGCAUGAAAAAAUGUAUACCCGGCGAUUACCGCGAAGGUGAACUCAACAAGGGAGAGGGCGUCUGCAUCGACCGUUGCGCAGCAAAAUUUUUUGAUGUUCAAUUAAAAGUGUCAGAGCUGUUGCAGAGCGAAGCGGCAGCUAAAGGCGCUACUGGGACUGGAAUGGGAUUUGGAGUUUAA